AUGUCUACAUCACUAGUGAAUCGUUCAUUGAAAAAUAUAAGAAAUGAACUAGAGUUUUUAAGGGAAUCGAACGUCAUAUCAGGUGACACCUUCGAUUUAAUAAACAGCAAGUUGCCUGAAAAAUGGGAUGGGAAUCUAGGAUCACCCAGCAAUGCGAAUACGGAGGAGUACGUUGAAGCUUUAUAUGACUUUGAAGCGCAACAAGAUGGAGAUCUGUCAUUAAAAACAGGUGAUAAAAUACAAGUUUUAGAGAAAAUUUCUCCAGAUUGGUAUAGAGGCAAGGCAAAUAAUAAGGUCGGAAUAUUCCCUGCGAACUACGUAAAACCUGCUUUUACGAGAUCAGCCUCACUCAAAUCUGGGGAAGCUGCUUUGAGCUCUACAGUUUCUCGUCCCACUGUUCCUCCUCCAUCGUACGAACCUGCCCCCUCUCAGUAUCCUUCACAGCAGGUUUCAGCACCUUAUGCUCCUCCAGCAGGUUACAUGCAAGCUCCGCCUCCACAGCAACAGCAAGCUCCUUUACCAUUUCCUCCACCUUUCACUAACUACUAUCAACAACCACAGCAACAGUACGCUCCACCUUCACAGCAGGUACCGGUGGAAGCACAACCACAACAUAGUAGUGGAGCUAGUAGUGCAUUCAAGAGUUUUGGUAGCAAAUUGGGAAAUGCGGCUAUAUUUGGUGCUGGUUCUGCUAUUGGUAGUGAUAUCGUCAAUAGCAUCUUUUAG